CCUCCUCAACUUUCUCAAGACGCAUCUUUCCCCACCUUUCACCCCGGAAUCUCUCCUCCAUUUCCUCAAAUCCAAGCUCCAUCACCACCCUUCCUUUUCCCACUACGACUUUCACGUCUUCACCUGGGCCUCCUUCGUCGACUCUUUCCGCCACACCCACUCCACUUUCCAUUGGAUGGCCCAAACCCUAGCUCUCUCCCACCGCGUCCACCACCUCCGCGUCCUCCUCGAUUUCAUCGCCUCCAACCCUUGUCCCUGCUCCGACUUCAUCUUCUCCUGCCCCCACACCGAAUCCAUCUUCCGCUUCGCCAUCCACGCUUACUGCAAAGCCGGCAAAUUGGACGAAGCUGUCUCCUCGUUCCGUUCCAUGUGCAGGUUGAUCGACGGUAGGCCUAAUGUUGCAGUUUGUAAUAUCAUAAUUCAUGGAUUUGUGAAAUGGGGCAUGCUUGAUAGGGCUCUCGAGUUUUAUGAUGAGAUUGUUAGGGUUAGGGUUAGGCCUGAUCUGUUCACUUUUAACAUUUUGAUCAGUGGUUAUUGUAGGAAUUUGAAGUUUGGGUUGGCAUUGGAGAUGUUCAAGGAGAUGAGAAAGAUGGGGUGUGACCCAAAUGUGGUUACUUUCAACACUUUGAUUAAGGAGAUGUUUAGGGAGGGAAAGGUUGAAGAAGGGAUUGGGAUGGCUCAUGAGAUGAUUGACUUGGGUUGCGAGUUCUACAAUGUCACUUGUGAGAUUCUGGUUCACGGGCUUUCCGAGAAAGGAAAGGUUUCGCAGGCGUGUGAGCUGUUACUUGAUUUCUCCAGAAGGGGAGUUUUGCCUAAAGGGUAUGAUUAUUUUGAUUUGGUGGAUGCUCUGUGUGGGAAUGGAGAUGUUGAUAGAGCAUUGGGGCUAAUUUAUGAGUUGUGGGAGAAAGGAUGUGUGCCGAGCUUGAUUGCUUGCAUUGUGAUGAUUGAUGGGUUGAGAAGCUCAAAGAAGACUAAAGAAGCUUGGAGAUUGGUGGAAAAGAUGCUUAAAGAGGGUAUGAUACCAGAUGUUAUUACUUUCAAUUGUGUGCUUCAGGAUAUUUGCAAGGUGUGACAAACAGAGGAAGCAAAUAAAUUAAGAUUACUUGCUUUUAGCAAGGGUUUGGAACCGGAUGACGUGACAUAUAAAAUUUUGGUUAAUGGAUACACAGGAGAGGGCCAGAAAAUAGAGGGAGAGUCAGUGGUGAAUGAGAUGUUGGAUAGGGGAUUCAUACCUGAUCUUGCUUCAUAUAAUGAAUUGAUGAAUGCGCUAUCCACUUGUCAACGACACUCCACCCGCCAUCAGGCUAAUAAACUUGACCACACAUAAUACAAGUGUUCAAGGUUUAAUUAUAAUUGAAGCCUAGGAUAAGUGAUUUAUGGAUGAUUCAGAGCUCAAUAUGAAAAACCUUCAGAUGAUUAUAUUGUUAUUUCGGGGCUUACACUGCAAUGUCUAGUGCAUCCUCCAUACUGACUUCUUUCAAUGGAUAAGACCUGGGUGGGGUGAAAAUGUAGCUGGAUUCUGUAAGCUCCUUGAUCAGUCAUCUUCCGCUAAUAUGUUUUCAACAUUUUAUAUAUAGAAAGUUAGAAACAAAACAGAAAAAGUAUCGAGAUCUAUGUAUAGUUGUAUACUUCUAGAAUUUUGUUUGUUAAAAGUGUAGUCGCUUCAGUUUGUAUAGGGCACCUUCAAUGGCUUACAACAAAUGUAUCAAGUGAUAUAGGCAAGAGCCAAGGAAUGUCUUGGCAAUGUAAUUUUUGUUUCUACUUAAAACACCUAAUAUGUGCAUAUAUGCAUGUGUUUCCGACUGACAUUUUAGAUUGAUCAAGUUUUGCAAUUUUAUUUUAUAAAGCUCCUGAAGAAUGAUGCAUGAUGAAUCAAUUUAACUUUAUCUUAAACAAA